AGUGCUUUGCGGCUAUCAACAGACAUUUAUGUUUGUGUGGGAAGGCUCGCGUUUGGCGAUAUUUAUAGAAACGGUGUCGCUACGUGGAUUCGAAUAGGGAGUAACACCUCAGUACCGGCUCCUUCAAGGAUUACAUGUUGGUAUUACGCUGUUUUGUUUAAAUACCUACCAACUAAUGUACCAGAUGUCGUGAAGUCACGAGACAAUGAUGACUCGGAGCGGCAAGGGAUCUGCUGGACGAACCAGCAGACAGCAGAGCACACGGGCCAGAAGACAGACCCGUUCACGGAGGAAGGAUGGUCCCAGUAGUGCCACCUCCCCCCAGGACAAGGAUGGCCACCAAACGAACACAGCUAACACUCAAGUCAGGUACCCCCGAGAAGAGGCAGAAAGGGGACGCUGACCUUCUGACAGAGCACGAACUGUCAGGCUGGCCUAAUUCCAAGUGGUGCAAGUUUGGAAUCCCGUCAUGCAACACAUACAGAGGUUCAGUGUACGAGGUGGGACGGACAUUCUCAGAGUUCAUGAAGGAUAUCGCUGCAGGUAAUGUGACGUCUUGCCCCGAGGAGUAUGUUCAAUCACUGAGAGAGCGUGAACCAGACCUUGUAAAUAGCAUCGAUAAGUUGAUAGACAGAAAAGGAUUUGCUUUUUAUUCGUCAAACACUCCACUGUGUCUAAAUCUUACCGAGGCUGAACCAACUCCACCCGGGGUGGUAUGUGACGUCAUAAUGCUGUCCCACAGCAACCUUCCACUUGUUAUAACAGUGACAGACGGACACCAUGAUGUUUCUGACGUCAAAAAGUACAAUGCUUCGAUUGUGCGUGAACUUACAUAUACAAUGAGGGACUUCACUAAUGAAGGAUUCAACCUGUUUGAUGCCACACUGGAUAUCAGAAACAUUUCCAAAGACUGUCUCAAGAAGGUACUCACGAACGUCUGCCUCGAAUACAAACGUAACUUCCCAAUUGAAAGGCUGUGUAUGUCAAAAGACAGGUGUCUGGCACUAACCAAAGCUUUGCUUGCACAAGGGUUCAAGUCCUCUGUCGAUCACACAAUGGAAACACAGAUCAAGAGACCAAGGAUACCCGAUGGAGUGAAUCUGCCUGUGUUACCAAGAGCAAUGUCACCGGAAAGAAGACGAGCAGUCUUGGAACCAGUGUAUCUCCUUACACCAGAUCAGUUUUGUUUAUUAAAUAGAUGCAUUAACAGCAGUGAGGAAUGGUUAGUGUCCAGCAAACCUGGCACUGGCAAGAUUCGCUUUGCACUAGAAACAGCACAAAGACUCAGUUUACAAGGACAGACGCUGGUCUUAUGUGAGUCGGAUGAAUUCAGGAGAAAAAUCAAGUUCAUUCGAAACUUGCAUGUAAUAACCCGUCCUGAGCUGCAAGCUAAUCCAGCUGUCUGUCAUGAGUAUGUCAACUUCGUAGUGGUGAAAGCAGAGCAACUCGAGUUCCAGUGUGGAAAGGAACUUAUCUUUGACUGGCACCACUACCUGGAACAUGCUAUCCAGAGUCGAGGUGGAAAACUAGUAAUAGUGUAUGACAAGAGAGAUGAAGAAGAUAUUGAGGAUCAAGAAGCAAACGCUUUGGAGAGACAGCGGGAGCAGUUAAAGAAAUGUAUGAUACCAGAUGAUAUUGUGCUGGAACUGUUGUCCAAGAAGGUCCUGGGUAUUACUGAUUUGAUCUGGAUAAAGAAGAGACCCAACAAGGAGGGGCAGAAUGAGGAGCUUGUGAACAGCCUGAGAAGGACAUCGAGAAGGGGCUAUGACAUCUUCCUGAGGGCGCUGAGGAAAACAAGACAGGGACAUUUGGCAGAGCUGCUGGAAAAUAAUGAUGAUUCAACCCCUAUCCUGAUGUCUCCAGAACAUCUUGAGUUGCUUCAGUCAGCCCGGGAGGAUCUCUUACAAAGCAUGAUCCCAUUCGGGGUACUGGCAUUCCUGUUCAAGAAAGGUGUCUUCACCAGAUCUGACAUUAGCCGCAUUCAGGCCAAAGACUCCAUUGACCUAAUCAAUGAAAUGCUCUUGGAAUACUUAUAUGGGAAAGCAGACACAUCUUUUGACUAUCUUUUGAAAGCUCUGCAGCACACAGGUCAGAACCAUCUGAAGGACCUAUUGCUGAAAGGAAACUCUGCAGCGCAAAAUGUACCCCAAGAGGAUGAACUCUUCAUUUCCCAUGCCAAGAACAUUCUUGCUGACAAAGUCAAUCUGGAAGAGCUCCUUCAAGAGUUGACAUGUUCCAAUCACCUGCAUAAGAACGAUCUGGGAUACAUAAGGCCAGGUAACUACAUAAUGGCCUAUCCAGAGGAUAUAACAUCCACUGAAAGUAAAGAAGAAGAGUCUUCCAGAAAGGUUGUUGAUCGACUGUUUGAGUUGCUGGCUCGGAAGCGUACCCACCUGUAUGAUGCUCUGAUGGGCUCUUUGAGGAGGACAGGGCAGUAUGAAGCAGUGCAAUUACUUCAACUUCAACGGGGAGAGUCUGCAUCAAACCAUAUGGACGCGGAAGAUGCUGGUUCCUCCUACCGACCUCUUGACGUCAAAUUCAUCGAGACCAAGGCAUUCCAGGCAGUGCGAGAGCGACUAAAAGAUCCAACAGAGGUGUUUAUCAUCCUCACUGGCGCACCAGGGGAGGGCAAGACAACUGCAGCACUGGAAGCUAUGAGACACCAGGCAUUUUAUAAGCGACAACUUGUCAUCAAAUCUCCAGAGGAGUUCAACAAACAGGUCGACCUGGACACCCCAACUAUUGUCGUGUUGGAUGACGUAUUUGGGAUUGUUGAAGUUUGUGAAACAGCUGUCAGAGAGUGGGUACCUGUUUUAAGGAGAAUCAAAAAACAUUCUGAGAGUAUGCCUGGACCAGGGAUAAAGGUGAUAAUCACCUCCAGGAAUCAUGUGUGGAGAGCAGCAGAUUCCAUGGGCCAUCUUAGUAAUAUCAUUCCUGUGUCCAGUAACAUUGACCUGACUGUUCUUGUUCCUCUUGUGAGAGCAGAAAAGAAAAAGAUGUUGGACAGUCAUUUGGAUAAAUUUGGCAUACAUUUGGACAGUACUGAGGUUGAUAGAAUCGCAGAAACUGAUGCAACUCUUGGAUUUCCUCUAUGCUGCAAGCUGUUUGCUGCAGAACGGAUGUUUCAGGAUAAUCCUGUAGACUUCUUCACCAAUCCCUUAAGUUACAUAAUUAAACGAUUAGUAUCAUCGUGUGAAGAUCCUUCCAAUAUGACACUCAUCAAACAGGUGGUCAUGUCUAAAGGACAACUUGACAGAAAGAAGCUUGAAGGUGAAGCCAUUGAUGAAAAAUCUGUAGCCAACAUGAAAAAUUAUGUGUUUCAAGAAGGAAGCAUAUUAUAUUUCCCGCACAAAUCUAUUGCAGAUGCUGCAAGUUAUGUCAUGGCAACAAAGUUCUCAAUUGACUAUUUAGGGGAAUGCAGUCUGCAGUUUCUGUAUGAAAGGGUGAGGGAGACACCUGCCCAGGGAAUGUCAUCAGACACAGACAUACAGAUUCAUGUUAAUCAAAAUGACUUGAAGACUUUGAUUCAAAGACUUGGAACUGAGAUGGCAGCAGGAAAUCUUGCCUUGGCCUGUUCUCACCCAGCAUUGAUGACAGCAUCUUCAGUGAAAAAUCUGUUCAAACAGUUAAGGGAUUUCAGGAAAACUGUGCAACUGAAGGACCGAAAACAUGGUGGUUCCUUUUUGUACUGGACAACAUGGAACAACAGUGAGAACUUGUGUAAAGGGGCUUUGGAGAAAACAGUGUUCCCUGAACUAGACUUAUGUGAAGCCGUGCUUGGGUGCUGUCUCUCUGGCAACAAGAAUGCUUUGAGGGAACUGUUGAAGAAAACUGACAUAUCAACGGUUCGAUCAAGUGGAAUCAAGUCUUUACCAAAGCUAUCAACAAGACAGCAGCCUUGUUGCUAA